CUUAAGGGACGGGAGCACGUGGGCCUGGAAGAAUGGCGCCGACACCCGCCCGGCAAAGCCCUCUCCAAAGUGGGAACGAGGACCGCCGCGGUGCUUGCCCAGUUCCCCGAAGCCCCCCAAGCCCGACUCGGUCAGGAGAACGCUCCUUAACCCCUAGGCUCACCGGCCGGGGAGGCGCCAAUGGGCGGAGUCAAGGGCCGGAAGUGCCCCGGAGGGCCGGCCUCCCCGCGAAAACCGCCGGCCGGAACUGCCAGGAGGUCCCGCCCCCAGGCGGAACUCCGGGUUGCUGGGCAACCGAAGUGGGCGCCUUCGGGUGGCUCGGUGUUCCCUGGAACAAGCAGAGUGUCGCUCCCACCUCUUGUCCUGGCAACCUCGCGCCCCGCCCGCCUUCCUUCUUGCCGCCUCUCCUUGCGUCGCGGAAUCCCUGCCCUUGGCACUACGCACACGUCUCCGGCUCCCACUACCACUUAGCGCCCACCUGCUUGAAAGCCAGUCUCCACCGGAAGCGAAGCGGCCCGGCCCCAGGCGUGGCUUCCAGGCUCACAGACCGCACCUCCCCAGCCAUGGGCACCUACACCUACACCAGCCGGCCCCGGGCCCUGCCCUGCCAGCGCCGCCGUUACCGGGACAGCACAAUGCAGCCAGCUGAAGAACCUAUGCAUUAUGGAAACAUAAUGUAUGACAGAAGGGUGAUCCGAGGCAAUACUUAUGCUCUACAGACAGGACCACUGCCUGGGCAGCCUGAUCCUAUAGAGGUUCAGAGACAGCAGCAGGCUAAGAGGAGGGCUCUUGCCAGAAAACGAGCCCAAGAACAGCUCAGACCACGAACCCCCGAACCCGUGGAAGGCAGAAAGCACGUGGAUGUGCAAACAGAAAUAUACCUUGAAGAAAUUGCUGACCGCAUAAUAGAAGUUGAUAUGGAAUGCCAAACAGAUGCAUUUUUGGACAGACCACCAACACCACUCUUUAUUCCUGCCAAAACUGGCAAAGAUGUGGCCACCCAAAUACUAGAAGGAGAGCUCUUUGACUUUGAUCUUGAAGUAAAACCAAUGUUAGAAGUUCUGGUGGGAAAGACCAUUGAGCAGGCACUUCUGGAAGUAAUGGAAGAAGAAGAGUUGGCUAACCUGCGGGCCAGCCAGCAUGCAUAUGAGGAGUUACGCAGUGUUGAAUUAGCUGAAGUUCAGCGACUUGAAGAGCAAGAGAGACGGCACAGAGAAGAAAAGGAGCGGCGUAAGCAGCAGCAGUGGGAGGUGGUCUACAAGCACAAGGAGACCUCGCAGAAAGUGGCCGCUCGGGCGUUCGCGCAGCGCUACCUGGCGGACCUCCUCCCAUCCGUGUUUGGCAGUCUCAGGGACGGUGGCUACUUCUACGAUCCCAUUGAAAGAGAUAUUGAGAUAGGAUUCCUUCCAUGGCUAAUGAAUGAAGUUGACAAAACCAUGGAAUACAGUAUGGUGGGAAGGACAGUCCUUGAUAUGUUGAUCCGUGAGGUGGUUGAGAAGAGACUGUCUAUGUACAAGCAUAAGGAGGACCAGCCCCCAUAUGUGAAGCCCGAGGAUGGCCUCGGUGGCCCUGGGGCGAUGGGAGAACCACUGAUGGAUGAUGAAUUCCAUGAACAAAGUACAUCACAGCCACAGAGGCCCCUUUCGGACAGAGACUCCCUGCAAAGAACACCAAGCGAUGGAAAGUAUAUGGAGAACGUGUCAUCCCAAGAAAGGAAGCUUCUGGAAGGAGAGGAUAAACAAACAAUAAGGAAAACCUCAGGGAGAGAACUAUUGCAACCAGGCGGAGCCUUCGAGCCAUGACACCACUCAGCGGCCAGUCAGCAUUGCGAGCAAUCAGGUAACAAUGCGCAGGUCCCCUCAGGUUAUGGAAAUUAUGUUGUAUUUACCCAACAUGUCUUUUUGUCUCAUGGACUGGGCAAAUCAAAUAUGUUGAAAUAAUAAAACUAAUUAAAAAUGAAA